CUCCAAACUGCCCCGUGACUCCGAGGGAAGAAGAAGUCCUCCGCGCCUGAUCCUGGAUUAAUACUGAUCUAAAACCCGUUCCCACUGAGGGAUAAUGAAGUGAGGAGAAGCUGGUUUGGGUGCUGGGUUCCAGUGCUCGGACCCGCAGUUUCAGGCUGUGAGAAGAAGGUUUAUAGCUGUGGCUCAUGGAGAGGCUGAGUGUGUGUCCGUGCUCGUGCGCUGUCCUGCGGGGACUCUGAGUUGAGUUCGUGCGGUUUCAGGCUCUUCAGCGCAGUGGUGACGGAGAUCUACAGCAAUGGCUGGGUUUCGGCUGCUGUUGCGUUUGCUGAUGGUGUGUGUGUACGUGUGUGUGUGCGUGUGUGGAGCGUCGUGGGGCGGACAACAGCGCUACAGUCUAUACGCAGGGAGCAGAGAGCAGGCGCAGAGCGCAGACGGAGCCCGAGCAGCCAGCAGACACAGGAACUGGUGUGCGUAUGUGGUGAGUAAGACAGUGAGCUGUGUGGUGGAGGACGGAGUGGAGACGUACGUGAAGCCUGAUUAUCAGCCAUGUUCCUGGGGAGUGCAGUGUCCUCGUAUCCUAAUGUACCGGACAUAUUUGAGGCCGAGAUAUAAGAUUGCAUAUAAAAUGGUAACCGAGAUGGAGUGGAAGUGUUGCCAUGGAUACAGUGGAGAGGACUGCAACACGCAUCACGGUGAUGGGAACGGAGGAUCGAGCACCCAGAUUUCCACAGCGAGGCCGUGGCCUAAACCCUUGAACCCAGGACACACAGGACACACAGGACACACAGGACAUGGACAAACCGGAGGGAGCGGGAGAGGCGACAGCGACAAGAUGAAACAGAUGGAGGACAAAAUCCAGCAUCUGACCAAAGGCCUUAAUGAAUUGCAGUUAAGUUUAAACAGCAUGAACUCCAGGUUUCAGCAGGAGAUGAAAAAACCCGGCGGGAGCGGCGAAACAACGCCGUUGGACGCACCGCAGCCUGAAAUAAAGGAAACCAUUCACAACAUCCAGACCAAACUGGACCAGCUGGACAACCGGACUCAGGCUCAUGACAGAACUCUGGAUAGCAUCAAUAAUCACCUGGUUAACGGAAGAGGAGGAAACGAACUGGAUGACCAUUUCGGAGGCAAACUUAACAUCUUAAAAGAGGAAAUCCUGCAUGAGUUGGAGCGGCGGGUUUCUCUGUCUUGUGCUGCUUGCCAAGCAGGUGUUGAUGACCUGCGAAGAGAGCAGCAGAGGGACAGAGAGAAAAUCUUUGCUUUGGAGAAGAAGAUGAAUGAUUUGGAACAGAGGAAUCGCCUGAUUCUGGAUGGACUGAGUAGAUCUCAAACAUGCUGUGAUAAAAUCCGGGAUCUUGAGACAAAUCUCAGGGAUGUGGAUAAAAAGGUCACAUCGACUUUUGAGACGUGUACCAGCUUAGAAGAUCGUCUGGAGAAAGAGCUUCAAGGAACUGGAGGUGGAGGAGGUUUUGAAGGAGCAGGAGGAAGUGAAGGAGGACAGACAAAACUGCAGGAUAUGCUGAAUGGUCACCUGGAAGAUUUGGAAAGACGCAUUAAUAGCACAGUGCAGACUACAGUAGAAAACUGCACUGACAUGGAGAACAAUUUGAAGAAUUUGUUUCACAAGGGCCUCGUAGACAUACGCAGGGAGAUCACUUCUCACCUCUCUGUUCAAGAUCACAGAGUCGCUGAUAUCUCCCAAGACAUGCAGAGCGUAAAGGAAAGCUUGUUCGAUCUGGACAAGCGCUUGUCUCAGGUGCAGAAUGCCACAUCUCAAAUGGAUCGGAGAAUAAAUGAAUGCUCUUCUUGCUCUGGAUCCAGAAGACCACCAGGAGGUAAUGGAAUUAGACCUACUGAAGAUACAGAAACAGUGAAGUCCCUGGAAUGGAGGGUGGUCACCAACGAGGAUGAUAUCAAGAGAUUUAACACGAGGCUCAAAGAUCUCUCUGUUUUCGGUGACUCUCUUUUGGAGAAAGUGGUGAAUCUUAGUGAAAAUGUACACAAGAUCAAGGAGGUGACCGGCGACAACGGUGAACAUUUCACUCGAUUUAUUAAUGAAAUUGGGAACUGCCAACCGGACAUCUGUAGGACAGUGCAAGACGACCUGAGGAAGCUGAAGAAUGUCACAUACCAUGCCAUGGACAAGUGCCAGACAGAGAUAACUUACAUUAAGGGCAGGGUGGAAAUGGUUUGCUUAGGUGAGUGCAGCACUUUGCAGGAGGAACUGAAUAAACUUAAAGAGGAUGUGCAAAAAUGCAAGAUCUGUUUGGACACUCCGCCAGGAACAGGACCAGUACUAGAAGAUCUAGAUGGUCCUCAGAAACCCCUAGAUGGCCAUAGUGUAAUUAGCAAUAACAACAAUAACCUCGGCUCAAUCCAGGGCGAGUUAUCAGGAGUCAUUUUAACCUUCAGCUCAAUCAACGACACUCUGAAAGGGUUGGAGCACAGCGUCCGAAAACACGACAGCAUGAUCACUGAUCUGGCAAACACCAAGGACAAGAUCAUCUCAGAGAUCGAUAAGAUCCAGCAGGAAGUGACGGAGCACAUCGAGGACACUAAAAUGCGAUUCGACAACAUCGAGCGUGACAUCAAGCGUUUUGGAAGCACCUUUUUGGAGAGAACAGGAACCGGCCUCGACAAGAGGAUCACAAAACUUGAAGGGGUUUGUGGCCGACUCGAUUCUGUAUCUGAGAACUUACAGAAAAUCAAAGAGGGACUCAACAAGCACGUGACCAGCUUGUGGAGCUGCGUGAACGGGCUGAACACGACCGUGAUCCACCACAGCAGCUUCAUCGACACCAUGGAGACCACACAUCUGGAAAACAUACACGGCAAGAUCAAACAGAUCAACUCCUCGAUGUUGCAUCUUCUCCAGGAGUUCAGGAACCUGAUAGAACAUGACUUCAAAGGUCUGCCUGGACCCCCGGGGCCUCAGGGAGAGACAGGUGAAAGAGGAUUUCCAGGAUUUCCAGGACUUCCUGGACCACAAGGAUCACCCGGAAAACCAGGUGUGGAAGGACCAAGGGGACCACCAGGUCUCAAAGGAGAACGAGGUUUCCCAGGCAUUGACGCUAACGUCCCUCAGGUCUCGUUCUCGGCGGCGCUCACGAUGCCGAUGACUUCAUCCGGAACCAUCGUGUUUGAUAAAAUCUUUGUGAAUAAAGGAGAUUUUUACAACCCGAGAACAGGGAUCUUCACGGCUCCCCGGGAUGGCCAUUACUUUUUCAGCGCCGUUCUGACAGGCCACAAGAACGAGAAGAUUGAAGCGGUUCUGUCCAAGUCCAACUACGGCAUGGCGCGCGUGGACUCGGCCGGGUAUCAACCCGAGGGUCUGGAGAACAAGCCGGUGGCGGAGACGAAGCCGACGCCUGGAUCUCUGGCCGUGUUCAACAUCAUCCUCCCGCUGCAGAUGCACGACACGGUGUGUGUGGACCUGGUGAUGGGGAAACUGGCCCACUCGGUGGAACCUCUCACCAUGUUCAGUGGCGCUCUGCUCUACGAGGAUUACUCCUAACCGUGAGAUUUCUCCACGACGAGACCGAACCUCGACCCCCCUGGGGUCACACCGCUGACACACUCACAGACACUUCUGUGAUUUUGUUCUUGUGUGAACUCCUGAGUUCUGAAGAGGAUUUCAUUCUGUCUGUUUUAUUUACUUUUCCCUUUCGAACUUCUGGAGAUGUUUUUUUUUUUUUUUUUACAAAAACUACUGUUUUUUAUUAAUAUUAUUAUUAUUAUUAUUAUUAUUGAUAUGAAAAUUACUUCAGAUUUUAUAUAAAUCACACAGUUAUGGAUCAUCAGCAUUUCACUUCAGUGUAAAAGCAGGCUGUAAGACUCCCGCAACAGAGCACGCGUUGAGAUCGCUAAUAACAUCCCUGUCACAUUAUAGUUCAUGAUUAGCGUUAGGUUUUUAUGAUGAUGUAUUUUAAUUUUUGUUGCUCAACCUUUUGACCAAAGAUCAAUUCCUGAUCAGUUCCUCAUUUAGGAUUCAGUAGAAAAAAACUCUUUUGCUAGCUAGCAUGUAGCUGUGAAGUCACACAGUGCGAGUGGAAAUGAAACGGAAUUUUCCAGAACCUCAACAUUUACCUCAGAUGGGUUUAUCGCUAGACUCCAGAAGACUAAAAUAAAGCUGAACGUACAGUUAGCAAGGUGGUAGUGAGGAGCGCGCUCAGCUCUCAAUGUGUACAUUUUCUCUCAAAAAAUAACAACAUGCUAUGUUCAAAAAAAGCACAAAAAUGUGGAACAAAUUAGCAUCGAGUAAAGGAUCAGUUCUUUGGAGAAGUGGAGAAGUCGGGUGUCCCAAUACUUCUGGCUGUUUUGUGUUUUAUCGUCCAUGCUGAACAAAAUAAGUGUAACUUUAAAGAGGCAAUAAGUAAUAUAAUUCACAUAAAGCCAAACGAUGACAGAUUUAAAGGGCAGAUAAAGUUAUGAGAUAAUGUUGAGCUAAUGUUGAGGUAAUGUUGAGAUAUUGUUGAGAUAAUGUUUUUAGCAUUAGCGAUGUAGCAUUAAGAAUGUCACCACUAGCAUUAACCGUGUGUAGCGAGCGUUCUCUCAGUGCACCGCAGAAAUAAUGAACAGGAGUUUAACACAAAAAGAACCAAACAGAUUCAGCGUUAAAGUGCCUGUCAGGAGAAUUAGCUUUAGCUUUAGCAUCUUUCUAUGAGCUGGACUGGUAAUGAAAAAGUGUUUACAGCUGAAAGCCAAAGAAGCGACCAGAACAUGUUUAUUGUGUCUAUAAAGAGAAUUGGAUCAUUUUUAUUGUUUGUUAGUUGCUGUUUUUUUUUUUUUUUUUUUUAAUGAAAAAUACCAAAGUCGUGUCCGACUACAUUACUAACUGUUUGUGAAACUGAGAUAUGAACGAGGAGAUUUCUGAUCAUCUUCACCGUGAUGGAGCUCAGCAUCAUGCUGCAUUAAUGGCCUAUUAUUAUCAUUAUUUGGAAUAUUUCCAUCAAACACUUUCAGUCUCUAAACGGUGGAAAGCUGUGGAAAGCUGUGGAUGUGAGGAUCGUGUGACGUGGAUCCUCACGGUGUACCCUGUGACUCUGAGUGUGUUUUUUAGCAGCACAUGUGAUAAAUAAAGAGAUAGAAUUUCA